AUGUCGUUCUACAGCGCUUUCCCGACGAGCCCACUCAGCCGGUCGGCACGGAUCUCGGAGACUUCCGUCGAGUCGCAAGCCUCACCUGAUGUUCAAUCGAAGCGCCCGAUAGUGUAUGGAAAGUCCUCGUCUCCGCUCGCAUUCGGCUCAGCAUCUCGGCGAUUCAGCGACACUAAGAGCUUUGACGGCGACCCCAUGGAACUUGCGCCUAUGAAUCCUCUCGGUGCUUCUCGCGGUGUAUACUCGGCAGCUCCGUCUUCGCGUCAUGUCAGUGGUCCAGCACGCUUGAUGCGCAAUCCCUUCGCACCCUCUGGGUCAGCUGCUUUGAACAAUCCCUUCGACGACGGCUCUGAUGCCAACGCCAUCUCUCCUCCCAUGCCAUCGUCGAGCUUCACCAGGACCGUCAACGCUCGACGUCGCUCGUCCGGCUUGAGCAGUAUCUCUGCUUCCAGUCCGACGCCCAACUUUGGCAGCCUCGUGGGCUCAUUCCAGGAAUCGCUUCUGCGCGGUCGCAUGUCCAUGCCAGCCUCCAAACCUCUCAUCUUUGAUGCCGAGAUCGGCGUGCUUGGUAUGGGCAGGUGCAAGCCUUCUCUGCGUUGUCCGGCGCAUCUUAACGUCCAAUUUCCAGCGCACUUUUACGACUUCCAUGCUUUCGAUGCCCCGUCUGCUUCGUCGCUCAGCGCAGGCUCCACCGCCGCUCUCGGAAGCCCUUAUGUCGGAACCAUCGAUCUAGAGGCUCAUUACCACAACACCCUUCUCUCCGAAAGACUGCAGGCGCUCAGCACAGGAAGGUCUGAACAAGCCGAGCAAAUCGAUCUGCCUGCUUUUCCAGGAUAUGCUGUUCCGCCCAAGGGUCAGAUCCAGCUGAUCGUCAAGUACCCCGAUCUCAACGCAGUCAAACUCUUCUUGGUACCCUACGACCUCACCGACAUGCAGCCGGGUACAAAGACCUUUGUCCGCCAAAAGACCGUAGCCCGACCUAGCUCGACCAACGACGAUGUAGCAACCAACGUCGACCAAGACGGUCAACUAGGUAUCCGCAGCACGCCCAGCAACGUCCGAGCGACGCCAGCUAAGGAGGCUUUGCGCUUCGCCAUCCACCUUCAGUUCUGCUGUCCGCCUGCCAAGGAUGCGCAUCACGAUGACCACCAGGCCGGCUUCGACGGCUCCGAGUCUCAUCGCUUCCGUCCUCAUGACCAGACCAUCAGGGAUAGAGCAAAGAAGAACACCAACGGCAAAACGCCCAAAUCGCCCAGAAUCUACCUUCACAAGACGAUCCGUCUGGUGUUCGGAGCGCGCGCCCUCGACUCCAGUGAGAAGCUCGUCGACCACAUCGAGACGCCGGGCCAAGGAGCUCAGCGCUUCUCCACCUACUGUGGACCAGAGGAGGAAUGGGAGCACCUUCGUCAUCAAGUCAAAGCAGCGCGUUGCUCCGCAGAGCGUUUCAGAUCGCUUUCCCUUGCCGAUUCUUCGUCCUCUUCGCUCGAGCUCGCUGUGUCGAACGUGCCAUCCAACGGCCUCGGCAUCGCCAUCCAGAGCACCCUUCCACACGCUGCCCGAUCUAACGCCGAUGUUGGACAACACGCGCAAGGGGGCGUCAUGCCGCUCAACUCGGAUCCAAAUGGUGAACGAUGGCUGUCAAGUGGCUCAUUCGCACAGCAGUCUGAAAUCGAUCACGCUUCCGAAAGGAGCGCGCAGCUGCCAUCGGCGACUCCAUGGGGUCCCAGCAGCCGCGAAAGUAGCUUCGGCGUGCCAGCUCAGCAUUGGCCUCAGUCUGCAAACCAUGAUCAACAUGAUGUUCAUCAGUUGGCACGCUCGCUCGCAGCCAGUCGUCUCACAGAAGCUCUCGCAUCGAGUCGAGAUGCCGCAGCCCUGGCAAACGAGUCGGCAGCGCAGACGUCCCGCCGUUCCCGGACGCCCGAAUCGGCAAAACCAUCCAUUGAAUCCGAUCCGACUGAAGCGCAGCAGGUUCGUGCUGCAGUGUUGGCUGCUGCACGCCCUUCAAGGCUGCGUUCGGCAUCGACGGCAAGCCUUUCUGAAGCGCGCGUUCAGAGCAUCUCCGCUCUCGGUCGACUCGAAGAGGCCGACUCGAAUGCCAAACAAAUCAACAGCCUCUCUGCCGACUCGCCCUUCUCGCGUCGAUCUUCGAAGCUCUCCACAGCUCUGGCAAAGGAUCGUCCUAGCUUGAUUAGAAAGCUCUCGGAGCAGUUCGCGCGCUCGCACACGCCAUCACCGACGUCUAGUCCGAACCUCAAACCCACAACGCCGAUGCGGCAGGCAGACGAAGAGCCUGUCGAGCUGACAGUGGAUGAUCCUGACGGCGUCGGCGGCUACAAUUUUAGAAGCACUCCAAACACGCUAGUCAGGAACUGCUCUCAACAAUCUUCCAGGUCAAUACGAUGA